CUGGUACUGUAUAUAUAUGCUAUCUAGCUAGCUAGAAUCCACAUGGAUCCAUUUUAGCUAGAUAUCUUGCUAUUCGUGAGAUCGCCAGCUCACUAACAAGCUAAAUGUAACAGAUCUAAUGUGACUCAAGUCAGCCUGGCUAUAACUAACGUUAGCUAGAUACUUUAUCCUAAAACAAUUAAAUGAUUUUGAAGUGAUCUGUGCAGUUUGUCUAGCUAGUGAUUUUCUUUAGCUAGUAUCUUGGUUAGCCAGCCCACAUUGAAUGUCGUAGAUUGAGGCUAGCAAGCUAGUGUGUGUCAAAUUCACAUUAAAUAGCUUUCAAACACAAUUAUAGAUGGCUAGGUAAACACCAUUACUAUCCUGCUAUCUAGCUCAUAAUUGUUAAGUAAAAAUAAGACAGAGUGUAAUUACAUUAAUAAAUGUGUCUGCAUUGCUUGAGCAAACUUAUUUUUAGAAGAUUAGGAUGAAAAGGUGGUCUCGGUACGUGCUUCCCAAACUUGGGGUCGGGGUCCCCUGAGAAGAUCUAUACAAACAAAUUAUUAUAUUUUCUUCUAUUCAAAUGGGUGUAGAAUAAAACCUUUUAGUGUCAAGUAAGGACUGUUUACACUGUCGUUUGCUGUUUACACUUGGCUAAAACCUAGCCUACUAUUAAAUACAUUAUCGUUCUCCACAGGUUCCCAUUUCAUGACAAGCUCAGGCUGCAGCAGUGGGUAGCAGAUUUCAGGUGAAUGAAUUGCAAACAAAGCCAACACUCUCGUCUCUGUGCCCAUCACUUUGAACAUGAGUGUUUUCAGCAUGAUGACAAGGGAAAGGUCCGCCUCAUCCCGACUGCUGUGCCCACCAUUUUCUCCUCCCCUGAUCGUCCUCAAAAGGGGUCACAAUGCCCAAUUGAAAGACAAAGGAAUAUGGUUGGUACAGAGGUAAGUGUGAAUGUUGAUCAUGCGAAAGCGUCUGCUGUACAUGAUCACACUUACUGUGUAAGAAACGUCGUUGAGGAUGCAGAUGCUGGUCACAGCAAUAUCACUGUGAUGCUGCAUCUGCAUGAUGACACAAGACGUGUGUCAGAUGUAGGCCUACGUUACAAUGAUAUAACUGUGAGAGUCGAUGUAAGUGAGGAAAGUGUGGCGUCAGAGGUCCAUGAUACUGGGAUUAAUGAUCAUGUUUAUGCUUGGACACCCCUUGUUCCUGAAAAAAACUACUGUAGGCUACUGACGUCACCAGGCGACGUUCCCACACCUCAGCUGAGCAAUGAGUAUCAAAAUCCAAUACCGACAAACCCACGCUCUAUCCCAGUUUGCCUGCAUUUUUUUUCUUCAUUGGCCUGGCCGCUGCUGAUUCCUUGCCUCUACCAGAGAGCUACCUGGCUAACUAGAGUGGAGCUGCAGGCUGCAUCACUAGGCGAUGUUCCCACACUUCAGCUGAGCAGAGGAUCCAAUACGACAAACCAUGCAGCAGAUCCUCAAUGUUCCGUUUCCCUGGUUCUGACCCCGAGCCUGCCUGCUGUUCUGUACCUGCCCGACUGUGACCCAUUUACGAACCUCUGCCUGACCCCGACCCUCCCUACUGUUCAGUACCUUAUACACUCUGCCCUGGAUUACGGACCUCUGCCUGUCUUUGACCUGUCUUUUACCUUCCCCGUUUGGGUCAAUAAACAUCUCUAGCUGUCUGCAUCUGGGUCUUAUCCUGAGUUAAUGGCAGACUCGGACCAACUCCACAAUGCUGUCUCCCUUCAAGGAGCUACCAUUGGAAGACACGAGGAGUUACUGCAAUGUGUUAUGGAGGGACUCCAUACCCUGGCAGAACGCCAUGACCAGGCGUUCGAUACAAUUCCGCGGAUUCUCUACUGGGCAGUGGUUCACACCAGUAAUUUCUCAGCCUACCCCAGUGUCCCAUGAACCCCAUUUACCUCCUCCGGAGUGCUACGCUGGAGAUUCUGGAACUUGACAGGCUUUUCUCUCCCAGUGCUCCCUCAUUUUUGAGCUGCAGCCUUCUUCAUUCCCCUCGAGGAUGGCGUACAUCAACGCAGAUGUCCGGGAGGGAGGGAGCCUGGGCUAUGGCGGUGUGGGAGUAGUCUUUAGUCUGGCUCAGUCUGGAGGAGUUCGUGGCAGAAGUUCGGAAGGUGUUUGAUUCUCCGUUGUCCAGGAGAGAGGCUGCUACGUCAAGACUCCCGUAGUGUGGUAGACUACGCAGUGGAUUUUACCAUGUUGGCGGCUGAGAGUUCCUGGAACGUGGAAGCAUUGUUCGACAUGUUCCUUCAUGGAUUAUCGGAGGGGAUCAAAGAUGAGCUCGCAGCCCGGGAGCUGCCCAUGGACUUUGACAGUCCGGAUCGAUGGGCGGCUUCGAGAACGUAGGAGGGAGAAGGAAUCUGUGCCCUAUCGUCUUCAUUCACCCUCGAUUCCCACCUCGCCUCUGAAGAAUCCCGGAAAACCCCGAAGUCUACAUGUCCGCGUGAACCCGACGUCACCGAGUGCUGCCGACUUGCCUCCUUUCGGAGUCCAUGCACCUGCGCAGGAGUCCAUCUACACCCAGAGCAGUCUAUAUUGUGGAGCUACGGGAAAUGUUGUAGGUACCUGCCCAUUUAAAAACCCAGGCUCAUCAAGAAGGGGCGAGUACCCUGGUGGGCCAUAUGGUGAAGUUGUCCUCUUCCCUUAAUCGCACCCCUUUCCAUGCCAUCCUGCUGUGGGGGAACCAGACGAAAUCCCUCCGGGUACUCAUCGACUCUGGGGCCAAUGACUUUUUUGGGGGAUGCUACCCUGGUGUUUGAGCUGGGCAUCCCCACUCAGCCCCUCUCCUAUCCCGUGGACGUUAGAGCGCUGGUCGGGCGCUCUAUAGGCCAGGUCACUCACAAUACCACUCCCAUCAACCUACAAGUGUUAGGGAACCACAGCGAGGCAAUCCAAUUUAUGCUGAUUAAGUUUCCUCGGGUUCCGGUGGUAUUGUGAAACUCUUGGCUCCAGCAACACAAUCCCCUCAUAGACUGGACUGCUGGUGCCAUUAUGUGCUGGAGCCCAUUGUGCCAUGCCCAUUGUCUGAAGUCAGCGCAGCCUGCCCCAGGACGUCCAGCCCACAGCCCAGUCUUCCUACAGGCUGGUACUCAGGGUGUGGGGUGCUAUGGUCAUUGUCUCCACCUAGUAAUGAAAUACAGAAGUGGAACCAGUAAAAAAAAAAUACAUGGAAAACUGGGAAAGCUUAGGUGUAAUUGAUAUACAAAUAUUACUUUAUAAUGCAUGUUGAAUAUGUUGAGUAUUGGAAAAUGAACAACAGGGCUAAGUAACACCAGGGAUAACAACAACAAAAAACAUAAAAAGCUUAGGCAAAGAGAUCUAACAAGUGGUUUGGACAACAGUUAGUGAGCUAGUAAGCUCCCUCCAUGUGUAAACAAGAAUUACAAAUGGGGGGGGGGGAGUUGUCACUGGACCAACAAACCGAUGGGGUCCUUCACAAAAGCAUGCUAUCGUCCUUCUCUAGGUUAAGACCUCUGGGGACUAAAGUAUCUAAGGAAUGGAUCCAGGACGUCUCUCUGGACCUUCAGUGUUUGUCAACAUCGCCACUGCGUUUGUUUUGCUGACUUGUUCAAUUCCUAAAUAAAAUAACUCACAAAGCGAGUGUCUUGGUAAGCAACUCUAGUGUAUAUUUGGCCUUGUGUUUUAGGUUAUUGUCCUGCUGAGAGUGAAUUUGUAUCCCAGUGUGUUGGAAAGCAGACUGAACCAGGUUUUCCUCUAGGAUUUUGCCUGUACUUAGCUCUUGUAGACGAAAAAUAGAGAGUGAACAAAUGUGAGCGAUGAUGAAGAUGCCACUUGCUGACGCCAGCCUGGCGUGUUGAUUCAAUUUGACGUUGUCCGGAUGGAUGGCUUUAUAUUUGCAUCUCACAGGAGAGAGUCACACCUUCACUGUGGAAAUCUCGGGGAAGAGACGUUCCCAAGGAAGUCCUGAGGUCUGACGCCAGGAGAGGUGUGACAACUGAUGUUGCUGUGUGAAUUAAAUUGUCAUGUUUGGAUUGUUUCAAGAUUUCAUAAAGAGCUAUACAUUUUGAUAUGUCUUAUUGCAUUGUAUGUUUUCUGGAUGGUGUAUUUUUAAAGUGACUGGAUUGAAAUUGUAUGUUGAGUUGACUGGUUCAGGCACAUUCCUGUUGUCUGGUCAUAACAUUAAAAUUGAGUUGAUUAGAA